CUCUGCCCAAUUUGGACGAGGGUGUACCUUUCCCCCCCCCCCCUGCCUUUCCUCCAAGGGUCGGGGAAUCUUAUUCCCUUCUUUCUGCCUGGCUCUGAAUUAAACAAAGGAACUUCUGGGCUCAUCUCGGAUUGCGGAACCCCAAAGGGUCAGAAAGACGGCUACCGUUUCCUCCUGUUCGGCUUCAGGGUCCCUGCGGUAGGCCGGUGGUCUUGGGUGGUCACCAGUGGGGCCCACCAUUAUGGGAGCUGCGUGGCUGGCCAGGUUCUUGCUGGGAUGUGCAGCUCUCAUGUGCUACGAGGAGGGUGCGAAGGGCCAGCUGGACAGUGAGCUCCAGGCGGACAGAUUUACAAGCUACGAGCACAAGCAACCACCCAGCCGAGUGAGACGGAGGGGACAAGAUACUCUGCGUGGGCCAAACGUUUGCGGAUCUCGGUUCCACUCCUACUGCUGUCCUGGUUGGAAAACGCUCCCUGGGGGGAACCAGUGUAUCGUCCCAAUUUGCCGGAACUCGUGUGGCGAGGGAUUCUGUUCGCGGCCAAACAUGUGUACCUGCUCCAACGGGCAGCUCUCCCCAAACUGUGGGUCUGCAGGAGUCCAGUCUUGCAGCGUGAGGUGCAUGAACGGCGGCAGUUGCAGUGAUGACUCUUGCAUGUGCCAGAAGGGAUAUACGGGGACUUACUGCGGCCAACCUGUGUGUGAGAGCAGCUGCCAGAACGGAGGCCGGUGCAUUGGACCGAAUCGGUGCGCAUGCGUCUACGGUUUCACAGGCCCGCAGUGUGAGAGAGAUUACCGCACGGGGCCCUGCUUCAGCCAGGUCAGCAACCAGAUGUGCCAAGGCCAGCUGAGCGGCAUCGUCUGCACCAAGACCAUGUGCUGUGCCACCAUCGGGCGGGCCUGGGGGCACCCUUGCGAGAUGUGCCCGGCUCAGCCUCACCCGUGCCGCCGGGGCUUCAUCCCCAACAUCCGCACAGGAGCCUGCCAAGAUGUUGACGAAUGCCAAGCAAUCCCGGGCCUGUGUCAGGGAGGGAACUGCCUCAACACGGUGGGAUCCUACGAGUGCAAAUGCCCUGCAGGCCACAAACAGAGUGAAACCAGCCACAAAUGCGAAGAUGUGGAUGAGUGUACCAGUAUCUCUGGCGUUUGUGACGGCGGCGAGUGCACCAACACGGCUGGCAGUUACGUCUGUGCCUGUCCGCGAGGCUUUAUGACCAGUCCGGAUGGAUCCCGCUGCGUAGACCAACGGAUUGGCACAUGUUUCUCAGCACUAAUUGGCGGGCGUUGUGCAGGCGAGUUGCCCGGCCAAUAUACCAAGAUGCAGUGCUGUUGUGACUCUGGACGUUGCUGGGCUGUUGGACAGACGCCCGAAAUGUGCUCUGUGCGAGGAUCUGAUGAAUACCGGCGGCUGUGCAUCGAGGGCCUCCCUGUGGUCCCAGGUUUCCCCGGCACCUUCCCAGGGGUUCCUGGUUAUGGGCCAAACGGACUUGGCCCAGGCAUCAGUGGCCCAGGUAACUUUGGACCCAAUGGAGCCAAUGGCCAAGGGGGCAUUCCUGGUCUCCCUGGAAUGGGACCCGGCAGCUCAAGCAUUGGAACGGCCACCCUGAACCAAACGAUCGACAUUUGCAAACAUUUCACAAACCUCUGCUUGAAUGGACGCUGCAUCCCUACACCGUCCAGCUACCGCUGUGAAUGCAACAUGGGUUACAAGCAAGACGUGCGUGGCGAGUGCAUCGACAUGGAUGAAUGUUUCAGUAGCCCCUGCCUGCACGGCGACUGUGUGAAUACCCCCGGCUCGUACCACUGCAAGUGCCACGAGGGAUUUCAGAGCACGCCCACCAAACAGGCUUGUAUCGAUAUCGACGAGUGUAUCAUGAACGGAGUGAUGUGCCGGAAUGGGCGAUGUGUGAACACCGACGGCAGCUUCCAAUGCAUCUGCAAUGCAGGCUUUGAAAUCACACCUGAUGGGAAGAACUGUGCGGAUCACGACGAAUGCACCACCACCAACAUGUGCUUGAACGGGAUGUGCAUAAAUGAGGACGGGAGUUUCAAAUGCAUUUGCAAGCUGGGCUUCGUGCUGGCCCCCAACGGACGCUACUGUGUCGAUAUCGAUGAAUGCGAGACGCCGGGGAUCUGCAUGAACGGCUGGUGCAUCAACACGGAGGGGUCGUUCCGUUGUGAGUGCUUAGGAGGCCUGGCCAUCGGCGUGGACGGGCGCGUCUGCCUCUCUGUGCCGCCCUGCCUUCUCUCCCCAGAUGUGCGACUGGAGCAGUGCUACAUGAAAUGGGCUGAGGACGAGUGCACGGAGCCCCUCCCUGGCAAGUAUCGCAUCGACCUGUGCUGCUGCUCCGUCGGCUUGGCAUGGGGCAGCGACUGUGAGGAAUGCCCCAAGCCUGGCUCUGUGGAGUACAAGGCCAUCUGUCCACGAGGACCUGGCUUUGCCAACAGGGGGGAUGUCCUGUCUGGCCGACCCUUUUAUAAAGAUGUGAAUGAAUGUAAGGUGUUCUCUGGACUGUGUACUCACGGAGUCUGUCGCAACACCAUCGGGAGCUUCCGAUGUCUCUGCGGAAGCGGCUUUGCACUGGAUGCUGAGGAGAGGAACUGCACUGAUAUCGAUGAAUGCCGGAUCUCACCAGACCUGUGUGGCCACGGCUCCUGCGUCAACAAACCUGGCAGUUUUGAGUGUGAAUGUUUCGACGGCUACGAGAGUGGGUUUAUGAUGAUGAAGAACUGCAUGGAUGUUGAUGAAUGUGAGAGAGACCCGUUGCUCUGCCGAGGAGGGGUCUGUGUCAACACCGAGGGCAGUUUCGAGUGCCUUUGCCCUCCAGGACAUGAGCUCAUCUCCGAGGGGAACGCCUGUGUCGAUAUCAACGAGUGCUCCCUCAGCAGCAAUUUGUGCCGUAACGGCCACUGCGUCAACAUCAUCGGAACCUACCAGUGUGCAUGCGAUUCUGGGUUCCAGGCCACACCGGACCGGCAAGGCUGUGUUGAUAUCGAUGAGUGCACUAUCAUAAACGGCGGGUGCGAUACUCAUUGCGCCAACUCGGAAGGUAGCUACGAGUGCAGUUGUAGUGAGGGAUAUGCCCUGAUGCCCGAUAAACGGUCAUGCACAGAUAUCGACGAGUGUGAGGAUAACCCAGACAUCUGUGAUGGAGGUCAGUGUACCAACAUCCCGGGAGAAUAUCGGUGUCUCUGCUUUGAUGGAUUCAUGGCUUCCUUGGACAUGAAGACAUGUAUAGAUGUGAACGAGUGUGACCUGAACCCCAACAUCUGUUUGCAUGGAGACUGUGAAAACACCAAAGGAUCAUUCAUCUGUCAUUGCCAGCUUGGCUACUUCGUCAAGAAAGGCACAACGGGUUGUACAGAUAUUGAUGAGUGUGAAAUCGGAGCGCACAACUGUGACAUGCACGCUUCCUGUAUCAACAUUCCCGGGAGCUUCAGGUGCAAGUGCCGGAGCGGAUGGCUGGGUGAAGGCCUGAAAUGUAACGACUUGGAUGAGUGUGCCACUGAAGCACAUAGCUGCAACUUGAAUGCCAAUUGCCUGAACACCCCUGGAUCAUACCGCUGUGCCUGCCGGGAAGGUUUCAACGGAGAUGGUUUCUCCUGCUCAGAUGUGGACGAGUGUGCCGACAACAUCAACCUCUGUGAAAACGGGCAGUGUCUCAAUGCCCCUGGCGGCUACCGUUGUGAGUGCGAAAUGGGCUUCAAUCCCACAGAAGAUAGCAAGGCCUGCCAAGAUAUUGAUGAGUGCGCCUUCCAGAACAUCUGUGUGUUUGGCACCUGCCAGAACCUGCCGGGCAUGUUCCGUUGUGCCUGUGAUGAUGGAUACGAGCUGGACAGGAGUGGAGGCAACUGUACAGACAUCAACGAGUGCGCGGAUCCAGUGAACUGCAUCAACGGCCUUUGUGUGAACACUCCAGGGAGCUAUUUGUGCAACUGUCCCCAAGACUUUGAGCUGAACCCCACUGGAGUGGGGUGUGUAGACACCCGCGUCGGGAAUUGCUUCCUGGAUACUCAGGACCGAGGCGACGGCGGGAUCUCGUGCAGCGCAGAAAUUGGAGUGGGGGUCACCCGGGCAUCUUGCUGCUGCUCCCUUGGCCGGGCUUGGGGUAACCCUUGCGAGCUCUGCCCCCCCGCCAACACCACGGAAUACAAGACCCUUUGUCCAGGCGGCGAAGGGUUCCGGCCCAACCCCAUCACCGUCAUUUUGGAAGACAUAGACGAGUGCCAGGAGCUGCCGGGCCUCUGCCAGGGCGGGAAUUGCGUCAACACUUUUGGGAGCUUCCAGUGCGAAUGCCCUCUGGGCUACUACCUGAAUGAGGACACCCGCAUUUGCGAAGAUAUUGAUGAGUGCUCGGCACACAUAGGAAUCUGCGGCCCAGGGACCUGCUACAACACCUUGGGGAACUACACCUGUGUCUGUCCUCCAGAAUACAUGCAAGUGAAUGGAGGAAACAACUGUAUGGACAUGAGAAAGAGCCUCUGCUACCGCAACUUCAACGACACCUGCGAGAACGAACUCUCGUUCAACAUGACCAAGAAGAUGUGCUGCUGCUCCUACAAUAUCGGGAAAGCUUGGAACAAGCCUUGCGAGCCCUGCCCCACCCCCGCCAGCCCUGAGUACCAGAUUCUCUGUGGCAACCAAGCGCCCGGGUUCAUCAUUGACAUCCACACUGGAAAACCAAUUGAUAUUGAUGAAUGCAGCGAGAUCCCGGCCAUCUGCACCAACGGGGUUUGCAUUAACCAAAUCGGGAGCUUCCGUUGCGAGUGCCCCAUCGGAUUCAGCUACAACAACAUUCUGCUGAUCUGCGAAGACAUUGAUGAGUGCAGCAACGGAGAAAACCUGUGUCAACACAAUGCCGAUUGCCUGAACAUCCCGGGCAGUUACAGGUGCGAAUGUUCCACUGGAUACAAGCUGUCACCGAGUGGAGCAUGUGUAGGCCGUAAUGAAUGCCAAGAGAUCCCCAACGUCUGCAGUCACGGGGACUGUGUGGACACCGAAGGAAGCUACCUUUGCAUCUGCUACAAUGGCUUCAAGGCCACUGGAGACCUGACCAUGUGCAUGGACAUUGAUGAGUGUGACCGUCAGCCCUGUGGGAAUGGCACGUGCAAGAAUACGGUGGGGUCCUACAACUGCCUCUGCUUCCCUGGCUUUGAGCUGACUCACAACAAUGAUUGCAUGGAUAUCGACGAAUGCUCUUCUCUUGCUGGGCAAGUGUGCCGCAACGGGCAGUGUAUCAACAAUAUCGGCUCGUUCCGGUGCCUCUGCCAGGAGGGCUACGACCACACGGCAGAUGGCAAGAAUUGUGUUGACAUCAAUGAAUGUGUUAGCCUCCCGGGGACAUGUUCUCCAGGGACCUGCCAGAAUCUGGAAGGCUCCUUCCGUUGCAUCUGCCCCCCGGGCUACGAGGUGCAGAACGACAACUGCAUUGAUAUCAAUGAGUGCGCGGAGGAGCCCAACAUCUGUCUCUUCGGAACCUGCACCAACACACCCGGAACGUUCCAGUGUAUCUGUCCUCCGGGUUUUGUGCUGUCGGACAACGGCCGGCGCUGUUUUGACACACGCCAAAGCUUCUGUUUCUAAUUCCCUGGGCUUGGAGUGUUGGAAAAGUGCUCUGUCCCGAAGGCCCUUUUAAUUAAUUCUACUCUGGCCCUAUGCUGCUGGCAGCAAAAUGCCCGGAGUUGGCUUGGGUGACCUCAUGAAGCAGCUCCACAGGAGGGAAACGUCGCUUUCCAGGAGCUGUGCCCAUACGGCCAUGGAGCCAUUCCGGGACCAGGAGAUACACGAGAAGAUGUGAACGAGUGCUCCGAGAAUCCUGGAAUUUGCGUCAACGGGGCUUGCAUCAACACAGAUGGGUCAUUCCGAUGCGAGUGUCCAUUUGGAUACAACCUUGAUUACACGGGAGUGAAUUGCGUGGACACAGACGAGUGCUCAAUAGGGAACCCGUGCGGGAACGGAACAUGCACCAACGUGGUGGGGGGCUUUGAGUGUGCGUGCGACGAAGGAUUUGAGCCGGGGCCCAUGAUGACAUGUGAAGAUAUCAACGAGUGUGCCCUGAACCCUUUGCUCUGUGCUUUCCGGUGCAUUAACACCCUCGGCUUCUAUGACUGCACCUGCCCAUCCGGAUACACCCUGCGAGACGACCGGAGAAUGUGCAAAGAUUUGGAUGAAUGUGUUGAGGGGAUGCAUGACUGCGAAUCGCAAGGCAUGAUGUGCAAGAAUCUAAUUGGCACUUUCGCUUGUAUCUGCCCACCUGGGAUGCAACGCAGACCUGAUGGGGAAGGCUGCACAGAUGAGAAUGAAUGCCGAACCAAGCCAGGCAUCUGCCCCAACGGGCGCUGCAUGAACACUGUGGGCAGCUAUCGCUGCGACUGCAACGAAGGAUUCCAAACCAGCUCCUCCGGCACAGAGUGCCUCGAUACUCGCCAAGGAUUCUGCUUUACCGAAGUACUCCAAACCAUGUGCCAGAUGUCUUCCACGAACCGACACCAGGUGACCAAGUCAGAAUGCUGUUGUAAUGGAGGCCGUGGCUGGGGGCCCCAGUGCGAACUCUGCCCAUUUCCAGGCACUGUCCUCUACAAGAAAAUGUGUCCCCAUGGCCCAGGCUACACAACUGAUGGAAGAGAUAUUGAUGAAUGCAAAGUACUUCCCAACCUCUGCACAAAUGGCCAGUGCAUCAACACCAUGGGCUCUUUCCGCUGCCACUGCAGAAUGGGCUACGCCACGGACCUCACCAGUACUUCCUGCCAGGACCUGGAUGAGUGCAAUCAGUCCCCCAAGCCGUGUAAUUUCAUCUGCAAGAACACCGAAGGUAGUUUCCAGUGCUCCUGUCCAAGAGGGUACAUACUUCAGGAGGAUGGGAAAACUUGCAAAGACCUGGAUGAAUGUUCCACAAAGCAACACAACUGCCAGUUCUUGUGUGUGAACGUUAUUGGGGGCUUCAACUGUAAGUGCCCCCCUGGAUUCACUCAGCAUCAUUCUUCCUGUAUCGAUAACAAUGAAUGCACCGCUCAGCCCACCCUUUGUGGGGCUAAAGGACAAUGCUUGAACACACCUGGGAGCUACAACUGUGAAUGCCAGAAAGGGUUUACUCUUGACAGUUCUGGUGGCGGUUGUGAAGAUGUGGACGAAUGUGACGGGAACCACCGGUGCCAGCACGGAUGCCAGAAUGUGUUGGGGGGCUAUCGCUGUGGCUGCCCCCAAGGGUACGUCCAGCACUACCAGUGGAACCAGUGCGUGGAUGAAAACGAGUGCUCGGGAUCGGCGGUCUGUGGCUCGGCUUCCUGCUACAACACACUGGGGAGCUUCAAAUGCAUCUGCCCGUCUGGCUUCGACUUUGACCAGGUCUUCGGGGGCUGCCAAGACGUGAACGAGUGUGCCGCUGGGGGCAGCCCCUGUAGCUACGGCUGCUCCAAUACAGAGGGAGGUUAUUUGUGCGGCUGCCCCAGUGGGUACUUUCGGGCGGGGCAAGGGCACUGCGUCUCUGGGCUAGGGUUUGGCAAAGAAGCCUACUUGCCUGCCCCUCCAGAGGAGGACGAGGAGAACCUCUUGUCCCCAGAAGCUUGUUACGAAUGCAAAGUCAACGGGUAUCCCAAGAGAGGUCGUCACCGGCGCAGCACCAACAGCACCAGUGGGCAACAGGAUCUGGGCGUCAGCUUGGCCAGUAUAGACGUCGAGACCCCCUUGGCCUUGGCACUGAAUUUGUCCGACCUCAGGAGAAAGGAGCACAUCUUGGACAUUCUCCCUGCCGUGGCUUCCCUGGAGAACCACGUCCGCUACGUCAUCUCCCAGGGCAACCAGGACGGCUUCUUCCGCAUCCAUCAGAAGGAAGGCCUCAGCUACCUGCACCUCACCCACCACCAAGCCACUCCCGGCACCUACCUCUUGGAGAUCGUCAGCAUGCCGCUGUACCGCAAGCGGGAACUGCAGAAACUCGAGGCCCUGAAGGAUCUCGACUACCUCGCCGGAGAGCUGGGCCAGGUGCUCAAGAUGAGGUUGCACCUCCAUCUCUUCUAAACCCCCACCCCACCCCCCCUCAAGAGACGGCAACAAAACCAAGAGCUCAGACUGCGCCCCGCCCCGCACCAUCCUGACCCAGUCCCCGGAAACGGGCACCUCCUUCCUCUUGCUGUUUCCUAUCCACCUGCCCACAAGUCUGCCAGGGGGGACCAAAUCUAAAGCAGCCCCGGACCACACCUGUUCUGUCCUCCAAAGCCUUCUCUGCUGGCAGGUGGAUUCUUCCCAGACCUCGACACGGAACCUCUCUGAUUGGCCAAGUUUCUCUGAACAAGAAACUCUGGAGAAGGUCAGACCACGGAGCCGAGCUGGAAGCGUCACCUUCUCAGGAGACUCCUUGCUCUUUCCCGUUGUUCUGCCAUUGCUUUCACCUCCUGCAGGUGAGCUCCCCAAGGCACCUGGUGGGCCACUGUGAGUAGCAGAGAGCUGGACUAGAUGGACUCUGGUCUGAUCCAGCUGGCUUGUUCUUAUGUUCUUGCUCCAGUUUCACCCAAGUUUCUUCCCGGAUCUUGAAUUCUCCACCUUCCCUGCCCUUCUCUCCAAGCUGGAACCGAACCGUUCAGAAUCUGUUGUGGUUUCGGAUUUCUUUUACAUGUACAGAUUUUGCACAGUGUUCUCACGAAGGGCCGCUCCGCUCCCUUUUUUCCAUUUGUCCCUUUGAGCCCGCGCAUUACUCACGUGUGCUUGCAUGCUCCGGCGCAACGGUAUCAGGAUUCUUCCAGCGUGGCACUAAAAAGAACAGUCUCAAUGUGAUUGCUUAUAUUCUGGCAUCACAAUUGGUUUCUAUGCAGGGUUUUACAGAUGUGGCCGGGCAGUCAGUCACGUGGAUGGAAGAAAUGGAUGAAUGGAAAGAACUGAUCUCUGGUUAUCUCACACUUGGUAAUGUUCACAUGUUGGGGAGUCCUCACACAAAAUGGCCUCUCUCCCUCUGAUGCUACUACAUACAUACA